AUUUAAUCUUCCUCCCCACUCUUCAACACAAUCAUCCACCCAUCAAACAUGGAGGUUGAAUUGGAAAUCAACAUCACCCCCACCAACCUUCCUCCCAUCACCAAGGACCCUGUUUUCUUGUCUACAGAAACUGACACCCUCUUCAUCCUCGUUGCCAUUCUCAAAGGAUAUCAGAAGGAGAAACUCAAGAUCGAUAAAAACGAAGAUGGGACUCAGAUUGCAGUCAGUGGGGAGAAGGUAGGAAGUACUAGUUUGCAACCGUUCCGGAGGAUAGGCUUCAGGGCAACGCCUCAGGUUACGAAAUUCAGAAAGGUCUUUUGGAUUCCAGAUGGGGUUGUUUUGGAUCAAAUCAAGGCCAAGUUCAAUGAAAAGGAAUCGGUUUUGUGGAUUUUCAUGCCUAAAUCGGUUACAGAAGUUAGUGGGGUUGGGGUUGGGGUUGGGGUUGAGGAAGUGAAAGAAGAGGAGAUUGGUAGGAGGAGCGAUAGAAGGACUCCGUCUGUACUUGUCAAGGUUCCUGAAAGAGAGAUUCCUGGAAAGAAUGAGCAGGAAAUGAAAGAAGGGAAGAAAGAUGUGCCCAAACAUGAACCAGAAGAAGUAAAAGAAGCUAUCCCCAAGGCAGAAGUUGCGGAAAGAGAAAAUCCUAGAAAGAGUGAGCAGGAAAUGAAAGAAGGGAAGAAAGAUGUGAAGGCCACUGAGGUUGUGGGAGGACUGCCCCAACAUGAACCAGAACGAGAAAAAGAAGCUAUCCCCCAAGAAGAAGCUGCUGAAAGAGAGAAUCCUAGAAAGAACGAGCAGGAAAUGAAAGAAGAGAGGAAAGAUGCGAAGGCAACUGAUGAGGACGUGGGAAGAUUGCACCAUCAUGAACCAGAACAAGUAAAGGAACCUAUCUCCCAAAAAGAAGCUGAUGAAAGAGAGAAUCCUAGAAAGAAUGAGCAGGAAAUGGAAGAAAGGAGGGAAGAAGUGAAGGCAACUGAUGAGGAUGUGGGAAGAUUACCCCAACAUGAACCAGAACAAGUAAAAGAAGCUAUGCUCAAGAAAGAAGCAGCUGAUAUUACAACAACACGUCCAGAGGAAGAGAAUACUCGGUCGAAUAAAAGAGAGGUGCCAUCAAAAGAAGAAACUCCAGCCAAAGAGGACUCCGAUUUAGAAGCAAAAAGAACAGCAGCAGAGGAGAAAUCAGAGGAGUGCCAACACGGUCCAGAGGUAACUGAAUCAACAAAAGUUGAAGCAGUUCAAGUAACACAACGAGCUCAUGUCGAAGAAGAUAAUGCCCCUGAGGAAAAUGGUGAAGUUGAAACUCAUCUGUCGCAACAAGAGUUGAAUACAGAAAUUCAAGAAUUGUCCCAGCUCAAAUCUGACCAAGAAUCUGAUUCAACUGAAUCACUGAAGCCUGAUCAUCCUGAAGAAGUUCAAGGAAUGGGAAAUGAAAUUCAAGCAGAAAUUGACCCAGUAAUCCUUCCUGAAGAAAAAGUAGAUAACAGAAAGGGCUCAUUGGCUCCUCCCAAAAAGUUUAGGCUACGUAGUCCAUGUUUCUUUGCAGGAUCUGCCAUCCUUGUAUCAAUUGUAGUGCUUGUCAUUCACUUCAGUCGACCUAAAAGAAGAUGA